UUUCCAAUUAAAUUCCACCUCUCCCAGUCCCUAUUCCAGAUCCUCCAACCAACAAACCAAAAUAUGUACUGUGAAGCUACUUCUGAUUUUGACCUCCGCCUCUUGGACUCCAUUCGUCGGCAUCUUUUGGAAGAUGAUGAUUUUGAAACCCAGUAUCCAGCUACAUUCUCCGAAAAUUUAGCGAAUGUUCAACUUCCGAUUACUUCGGCUCAGAUGGGUUGUUCCAAAACUGAUGCUGUUGCAAUUAACGUUGAUCAAUGGAUGACCUUUGAUCAGUUAUUUGAUGCAGCGGAGGCUGCCGCUGAGGUCUCAUUUCCCAGCUGCGAAAUGUCUUCUAAGGUGGACACUCCUCAAACGCCACCGAAGAAGGUGCAUUAUAAGGGUGUACGGAGGAGGCCAUGGGGGACGUACGCAGCGGAGAUAAGGGAUCCCAAGAAGAACGGUGCCAGAAUCUGGCUUGGUACUUACGAGACGCCCGAAGAUGCUGCACUGGCUUACGAUAGAGCGGCUUUUAAAAUGCGUGGCUCAAAAGCCAAGCUGAAUUUUCCUCACCUUAUUGGUUCCGAUCAGGUGCAGCUGGUGAGAUUGAGCAAUAACAAGCGCCGGUCACCAGAGCCCUGUUCGCCUUCCUCUUUGUCUUCCAUGUCGGAUGACGGAACUCCCAAGUCAAAACGGAGGAUAAGCGAGUUAGGAAGUGAUGACAUACAUCAAUUGAUGUCAACUGAAUUUUGACGAACCGUUAGCCGUUUACGAAAAGUGUAUAUAAUCAUUUACAUUUGAAUGCUAAUUAAUUCCCUUUUUUGAGUAAUUCAAAAAGCUAUAUGAACUAAA